AGCUCUGAGUCCGGGAUGGAGACCUGGACCCCCAACCCUCGAGCCAAACCUUUCAUCCCCCGGCAGCAGAGGAGCCUGUACCUCACCUGGAAGUACCAGCUGACCAACAAGAGGACGAUCCGCCGACUCUGCCAGGCCGGCGCUGUGCUCUUCCUGCUGAUAACGGUCAUCGUCAACAUUAGACUCAUCUUGGACACGAGGACAGUCGCUAAUGAAGAUGAAGCGGCUCAAGAUUACGAAGACGCAUUACCCAACAUGGAGACGCCGCGGAGGCCGGCUAAUGGGCGAAAAGUCCUGGACAUCGAGGUGUACUCCAGCCGCUCAAAGGUCUACGUGGCAGUGGAUGGCACGACCGUGUUGGAGGAUGACAUGCGGGAGCAGGGCCGAGGCAUCCACGUGAUCGUUCUCAACCAGGCGACUGGUCACGUCAUGGCCAAGAGGAUCUUUGACACGUACUCUCCACAUGAGGAUGAAGCCAUGAUCCUCUUCCUCAACAUGGUGACCCGGGGCCGAGUCCUCAUCUUCACCAUCAAGGACGAGGGGACGUUUCACCUGAAGGAUGCUGCAAAGAACCUGCUGAAGACUCUGGGCAGCCAGGUGUCCCUCAACCUGAGCUGGAGGGACAUGUGGACCCUAGUGGUGAAGAAAGGAGGUCAGGUCUAUGGAGAGAAGCAUGCAAAGUCCCCCGCUCUGUCCACGUGGGGAGACCCGGUCCUGCUGAAGACUGAGGUGCAGCUCACCGCCUCUGAAGAGGCCGAGUGUCACUGGGCUGACACCGAGCUGAACAGGAGGAGGAAGCUCUUCUGCAGUAAAGUGGAAGGAUACGGCAGCAUCUGCAGCUGCAAAGACCCGGCGCCCAUCGAGUUCAACCCGGACCCGCUGAUCAACAACAACGUCUUCAGUGUCCCCGUCGCCGUCAUCGCAGGAAACAGACCCAACUAUCUCUACCGGAUGCUGAGGUCGCUCCUGUCAGCGCACGGCGUCAACCCGCAGAUGGUCACCGUCUUCAUCGACGGGUAUUACGAGGAGCCGAUGGAUGUGGUGGAGCUGUUUGGACUGAAGGGAGUCCAACACACGCCCAUCAGCAUCAAGAAUGCCCGAGUGUCCCAGCACUACAAGGCCAGUCUGACCGCAACCUUCAACCUCCAUCCAGAGGCAAACUUUGCAGUCGUCCUGGAAGAAGACCUGGACAUCUCCAUCGACUUCUUCAGUUUUCUGAGUCAGACCGUCCACCUGCUGGAUGAGGACGACAGCCUGUACUGUAUAUCAGCCUGGAACGACCAGGGCUAUGAGCACACAGCGGAGGACCCGGCCCUGCUGUACAGGGUGGAGAGCAUGCCCGGUCUGGGCUGGGUGCUGAAGAAGAGCCUGUACAAGGACGAGCUGGAGCCAAAAUGGCCGACGCCUGAGAAGCUGUGGGACUGGGACAUGUGGAUGAGGAUGCCGGAGCAGAGGAAAGGCAGAGAGUGCAUCAUCCCCGACGUGUCCCGCUCUUACCACUUCGGCAUCAUCGGCCUCAACAUGAACGGAUACUUUCACGAAGUUUAUUUCAAGAAGCACAAGUUCAACACGGUUCCCAAUGUACCGCUGAAGAGUGUCGACAGCUUGAAGAAAGAUGCUUAUGAGGCCGAGAUCCAAAACCUGCUGAAGGAAGCGGAGGUCCUGGAUCACACCAAGAACCCGUGUGAGGACUCGUUCCUGCCGGACUCUGAGGGGAAGACGUACGUCAUGUUCAUCAAGAUGGAGACAGAGACGGACACGUCCACGUGGACAGAGCUCGCCAAGUGCCUCCAUGUCUGGGAUCUGGAUGUUCGGGGGAACCAUAGAGGCCUGUGGAGGCUCUUCAGGAAAAGGAAUCACGUCCUGGUGGUGGCGGUGCCCAUCUCUCCUUACUCAGUGAAGAAACCUGCCUCCGUCACUCCCAUUCACUUGGAGCCUCCGCCCAAAGAAGAAGGAGCUGCCGUGGAGCAGCUGUAGAUCUGACGUCACACACACACACACACACACACACACACACACACACACACACACACACACACACACACACACACACACACACACACACACACACUCUUCAGCCAGCCAGGCCUUCACUCUUCUUCUCCUGGGAUAAUCCCGCACCGGGAUUCACAAACACAACUCUGGCUCCUCCCAGCUGUUGAACUUUGUUAUACCUGAGGAAUUCUGGGAAAUGGAGUCCUUUCUUUCUUUUUUCUACUUAAAAAAAAAAAAAAAAAAGAGGGAGCAAGACGAUGAACUGCGCUGCUAAUCCGUCCAGGCACUGAAGGAGGACGAUGAUGCUACGACCACAUGUGGUCAAACGUGACCGGUUCAGUUUGUGACUGUCAGCGGCUGCUCGGUGACUGAAAUGUUUUUAUCUGAUUUUAAGUUUGAUUUUAGUUUGUCGUGUUUUUAUUUGAAACGCUGAGUGUUUUGAUCUGAUCUGUACACACGUUUUAACUUGUCUCUAUUUAUUUCACGACGUCCGUCGGUUAACCAUGAGGUCAGAGGUCUGUGUGCUCGCUGAAGAGACGAGCGUUUACACAGACGGAAUAAUGUAUAUACAGCACAGGCCGAUAAAUAUAUAUAUAUAUAUUUUUGAUGACAUUUGAAAAGAGUUGACGUACAUUUCAGUGUUCUUGAGUUUGAGAGGUGAGAUCAGCUCUGUGGGAUUUUAUCUCUUUGUGUCCGAUCAGGUUUCACUCGACGGCGGCCAAGAGCGACGUGAGAAGGAGAAAUCUAAAACUUGAUGCUUUAUUUUGAUAGUGUACGAUGCAAAAAAUACAGCUUCCUGUUUAUUUAUUUUCUAACAGAAUGAUAUUCCUUGGAUCAGAAAAGUACUGAUUUAGUUUCUGAAGUUUUCUAGUCUUGACUUUAUGAAUGUUUAUAAUAUUUUUAACACAUUUAGUUUAUUACAUAAUUAUAUUUGAGAUGCACCGAUUGGGGCCGACGCAGCUGUUUGUUUCAUGACUUCUUUUGUUGUGCGACUCCCACAAUGCCGACAUUUUCUGUCAUGUUCGACAAUAAAAGAAGUCAGAGUUUGUCAACAGGGUCGAUAUCAGCCGAUGCAUCCCUAACGUUUAUGUAAUUCACAUUUACUUGUCUUGUAGCUCUGAGGGUGACAGAGGGAUUCUGCUGAUUUUAGUUUUAAUGAUGAUUUAGUCACAAGUUAAAACGUCUGUCAGUUUAGUUUUUACAUGUUUGUUUUUAUUUUCUUCAUUUGCAAAAGCCGACUGAAAGACAUGUCGUCAGGAGAACGAAAAAUAAAGUUUUGCAUGGAUAAAUA